AAACUGGUAUAAUUUGUACCACCAUACCUGGUCACACUACCAUAAGUAUUGUUUUGAUAAAAAUGUCACGAAGAGGUAGACCCAUGAAGAAGAGAAAAUUCAUGUGGAGCGACGCUGCCACCGAUCGCCUGGUGAAAAUGUGGGUGGACAAAUCCGAUCAGAUUAAAGGCUAUGGAAGACACACACUCAUCCACCAGGAAAUGGCCAAAGAGCUAAAAGACUAUGGCCCAACUCCUACCGAAAUAAAGGCCAAGCUUGACUGCAUGAAGAAGAGAUACCGUCGCGAACUCGGCAGGAUGGUUUCAAUGCAGGACGUCAGCUCCGACUGGAGGUACUUCGACAGCUUGCAUCACAUUUUCAAACACGAACAUGCAAGAGCAGCCUUCAGGAACAAUGAUUCCGUUCAAAUCAAGAAAGAGGAGGACAGUUACGAGGACGAGGCUUCGGAGAAUUCAAUUGAUUUCUUUUAUCCUGGCAUGGAAGCAGAAGAGGAAGCGGAUAUGGCAGCUGAAAUGAAAUCUGAAGCUGAUACAGAAACGGGCACUGAACCCGAAAUAGAGCAUGAGGAGCAUGAAGAACCGAUCCCAAAACCAAAGUAUUAUAAACGCAAGAAGUCUUUAAUUAGCCUUGAGAGAGAAAGGUUGGCUGUCCAGAAGGAAACCUUAAAUGUAAUGCGAUCCAUGGUUAGGGAAAUGUCAAACUUUCAUGCCUCGUUUUUAAUUACAUACAAAAAACAAAAAAAACGCUCCACAUAAUUAAGUUAAAACCUCGAAUCCUACAUUCAAUACCUGAUUGAAUAAACUGUAUACUUAAUAUUAGAUUUAAUUCACUUAGCACCUUAUUCCUUCAAAUGUUCUCAAUGAAUAUUCCUUUUCAUAAAAAAAAUCCUUUAUAUUUGUAAAGAUGCUAUGUAAAGACCCUAAAUAUAUGAAGUUUAAUUUGUUUUAUUAUAAAGUUAA